CUUUUUUCCGCAUUCCCGUGGUGCUUAGCGACGAAAACCUAAACCGACGGGGGGUCCGACCUUCAGUUCACAAAAUGGAAAGAUAAUUUGGUCUCUGGGGAUGUCCUUAUGAGAGAAAGCAGUCUCUAUGACGGUGAUAGUCUUGCACUGACAGCAUUUUUACCUGAUUGCCAUCUCAUUAGUAUUCAGUCAAAAUGGAUGCUUUGCCGAAUAUCCUCUCUCCAGUGGGAGGGAAUGGUGAUCUUGUCAGUUCACAAGUAGAAGUGCAAAAACUGUUAAUUGAUGAAAGGAUGCGGUGUGAACAUCAUAAAACAAAUUAUCAAACACUAAAAGCAGAACAUACUAGGCUCCUUGAUGAAUAUACCAAAUCACAAAGUGAGUUGAAACAACUGUUACAUGAAAAACAAACUGUCCAUGAUAAAUUUCAGUUGCUGCUUGCUGAACUUAGAGAAGAAUUAUUAGAUAAAACUAGAGAAGCAGAGGAAUUAAAAUUACAGGUAAUAACUCCCCAGAAACUCGAAUUGCUGAGAGCACAAAUACAUCAUGAAUUAGAAACACCUAUGAGAGAACGCUUUUGCAAGCUGGAUGAAGAAGUAGAAAAAUAUAGAACAGAAUAUAACAAACUUCGUUAUGAACAUACUUUCCUCAAAUCAGAAUUUGAACAUCAGAGAGAAGAGCAUGCCCGUGUAUUAGAAGAAAAUAAAAUAAGAUACGAAGCUGAGGUAACAAGGCUGGAUAAAGAUAAAGAAGAAUUGCAUAAUCAACUGCUUAGUAUUGAUCCUACAAGAGAUAACAAGCGUGUUGAAGCACUGUUAAGAGAAAAAGCCCAACUAUUGCAGAAAUUGAAGGGAUUAGAAGCUGAAGUAACAGAACUAAGAGCACAGAGAGAAAAUUCUGGCGUGCAAGCAGAAAAUGUGCAAAGAAUACAGUUGCGACAGUUAGCUGAAAUGCAAGCUACAAUGAGAACUUUGGAGGCAGAAAAACAAUCUGGUAAGUUGCAGCUUGAACGCAUUGAAAAAGAAUUGCAGAUAAGCAGUGAACAAAAUACAGGCUUAAUAGGCAAGCUUCACAAAGCUGAACGAGAGAUUGAUGCCUUGAAUACUAAAAUUGAAGAACUGAAGCAUUCACAAAAGAUAGAAAUAACAAACAUUAAGCUGGAGGCAGCAAGAGCAAAGAGUGAGAUAGAAAGAGAAAGGAACAAAAUUCAAAGUGCACUGGAUGGAUUAUAUUCAGAUAACGAAAUACUUAAGACAACUCUUCAGCGGCACAAAGCACUUUCAGUAGAAAAGGAUCGUGAAUUAAUACGUAAAGUACAAGCUGCCAAAGAAGAAGGCUUCCAAAAAAUUGCAGCAUUACAGGAGGAGAAGUUAGAACUUGAAACUAAAUUAGCUGAACUAGAGAAAACCAGAAUGGAACAAGAUGCUCAGAGGCAAUCAGAGAAAGAUCAGUAUGAAGAAAAGGUAUCUGCUAUGCGCUUGGAAGAAGAGUCCACCAAAAGAGAAAUCCAAAAUCUUAGAGUAAAGAUUCAAGAACGAGUUACUGCUUCUGAGGAUCUAGAAAAAGAGAAAAGUGAAAAUGCAAAUCUAAAGCAGCAACUGCAUGAUCUGCAGCUUCGAGUGGCUUCCUUUUCACAGUCAGAGAAUGAUUUUUUGGAUUCCAAUCAGAAGCUCAAGGAAAUGCUGGAGAGGUUAAAACAUGAAUGUCGAAAUGCACGAAGUCAAGCAGAAAGAGCUCAAGCAGAUUCAGAGAAGAAUUUGGAAGAUAAACAGCUAAAGUGGCUAGAAGAAAAACAUAAACUUACUCAGCACAUCACAGAGAUAGAAGACAAGUACAAAGUAACGAAAGAGAAAUUGUAUCGAGCAUCAGUUGCUCAGAAAAAGAGAAAGACACUUAAUGACAACAAGCAAAAGAAAUUACUGAACAAGAUAGAGCUCUUAGAAGCUAAGAGAGAAGAACUAGAAACAGAAAACCAAGUGUUAAACAGGCAAAAUAUUCCUUUUGAAGAACAUCUCCGCCUUCAGAAAAGACUAAAAGAUCUGCAACGGAGACAUAAUGAGUUCCGCAGACUGAUUCUUUUUCCCAACCUCCCAAUACUGAAUCCUGCUAACUUAUUAUCUUCAUCUUUGAUUCCUGGUCCAGAAUUACCCUUCCCUCUCCUUCAGGAGGAGCAACAUCAAAGAGAACUUUCACUGCUUCGCAAACGUUUGGAAGAACUAGAGACCACACAGAGAAACCAAUUGCGAGAACUUGGUGCUUCUGUUGAACGACCUCAGUCUGAAAUAAGUACUGAAUCAGACAGAAAUAAGUUUGUGGAACAAUAUGAUCUGUCAUCUGGAGAUGCCAAAUAAACCAUUAAACACUUUUCAUCUUUUGCCAAAAAUUCAUCUAUAAGUGCCGUGAAAUAGGUAAAAGCUGUGUUUUACAUCAUUUGUAUUAUUUUUAAUUUUUUUUAAAAAAAAUUAUAAUUGAAAUAUUUGGAAAAUAAUUUUCUAGUUUUAAACUCUAAGAAUCAUGUUGUACUGUAAUGUUUUGCUAAUAAUACUUUUCUCAAAUUUUUAAUAGUUUUACAUUGAAAAAAAAAAUUCUCGGGGUUGCCCCUUCUCUGUUGUUUUCAGGUUGCUAUAUAAAGUUUCCAUUUUUUGUAAUUCACUAAGCUAGACUUUUGUAAUCUUAAAAUACUGAGAAAAUGGGAAACAACAUUGUUUGAGCUUUAUUAUCAUUAUAUGAAUUUUGUCCACAAUUUUACCUUUGAAAAAUAUAUUACUAUCUGCACUUUAAUAUAUUAUGAAAUAUCAAGAAAAAUAACAAUCACAUUUUAAGUGAAUAUGAACAUUGCUUUUCCUACAUGCAAAAAAAGUGUAUUUCAGAUCAAAGUUUUGUUAACUAAUCAAAUCUAUUUAUAAUAUAUUUUUGUAAA